GCCGCCGCGCAGACCGAGAUGCCGCUCUGCGAGCUCUAUCGGCUCUGGCGCGGCGAGACAGCAUGUCCGGCCGCCACUGCAGCUCCGCCGGCGGAUCCGGCCGCUGAGGUUCCUCCGCCUGCGGAUCCGGCCGCUGAGGUACCUCCGGCCUUCCCGGAUCCGGCCGCUGAGGUCCCUCCGGCCUUCCCGGAUCCGGCCGCUGAGGUCCCUCCGGCCCCGGUACCGGCCGCUGAGGUCCCUCUGGCCUCCCCAGUACCUCCUACCGCAGCACCAGCCAGCACUGAGACCGCGUCCUACGCCCAGGACGGGUGUGACGCCGGUCAGCCGGCCGGCCCGGGGGAGCCGCCGGCCGACGACAGGUUCAGCACGGCGCCGCAGUCGCCGGCCGGGCCGCCGCCGGCCGUGCCUCUGGAGGCGGCCGCCGCCCAGCCGGCCGGCCGGCCGUUCCGGACCCGCUGCGCAGUCCGCUGGGCGGCGCCCUCGUACCACGGGCCGCGCAGCGUCUGGUCCCUGCUGCGGGCCGCCUGCCUGCGGCCGGGCUGCCGGGUUCUGUACCGCGGCUCCGCGCUGCCGCGGCCCUCCCUGGGCGCCGACCUGGGCCUGGUGCUGGUGUGCGCCCGCUGCGGCGGCCAGCUGGCGGUGAGCGCCGAGCUGCCGCUGACGCUGCACCCCCUGGAGGGCGGCGGUGCGCCGCUGGAGGCGCUGGCCUCCUCUGAACGGCUGCUCGGCGUGCCGGUGGACCUCUCGGCGCUGCUGGCCGUCCACCGGAGCGUGGAGGACCUGAUAGAGAGGGCCGGCCGCGGCCUGGUCGGCGACCUGGUGCUGCUGCCGCUGCCAGAGGCGCCCCGGCGCUACAUGGUGGUGGAGGCGACGCUAACGGACCUCGCGGCGGACACAGACUGCUAUACGGACGGGAUGGCGGACUAGCAAGUGAGACGAUUUGCAAGUCAGGAGAGCCCAGAGUUCUGGAUUGUCAGUGAGUGUUUUGGUAUUGUUUAUUCAAGAGAGCUAGUCGUUGCUGGCCGUGGCCAUGCCUGGAGGUCAGUUCACGUGUAAGACGUUCGUGGAGUCGUAGUGAGUGGAGAGGUUUCGUUUUGUUUUGACAAAACUCUAGUCGAGUUGUUCUCUGAAGGGCUCUGUGAUCUGUCGCGGAUCCGAGUCUGCCCCGUCAGCACGGCGGCUAGUCGUGUACAAACCGCCGAGACGCCUUAUGGUACAAAGACAGAUCGUUGAUGGUGAUUAUUAUCCGAGAGUAACCGCUAAUGCAUGUCUUCAUACGGUGGCCCAUUCAGCGUUGCCCAAAGUGCCUGUUGUUGGCUGUGUCGCACUUUUUGUGUCCGGUGUUAUGAUGAGCUGUUUCUGCUCAGGGAAUACAACUUUGUAGGUACCUAUACUCUGAUAAA